AUUUGUUUACUUUGGUGGAAAAGAUGGCGCGUGGGUGCCUUCUUGUGUCAUUCAACGCUUCAACGGGUCCGAUCGGAGAAUAGGGGUCGUCGACACUGUCCGCAGGGGGGAGGAAGGUCGAGUCUACGUUUCCCGCCGUCGGGACGGAAAUAACGCUUUAGAAGUCACCUGCUCGCGCUGCGCCCUCAGUGAGAGUGCUAUUUAUAGAGGUUCCUCUUUCGUCGGACGAGAACCUUGGCCUACCUUAUUCCUUCUAGACCUUGUUCCUCACUCAUGGCUGGUAGCGGGUGCUAAACGCGCGGUGAUGACUCUGGAUCCGGGAAAACUCAAGCCGAGGAGGCACUCCUCCCCGGGGUGCAGGAUCACCCAAAAGAGCGCUUCUAUGGACGACCAUCAUUACUUCCCUUCGUCCAGCGACUUUCCUCGCUUUCGCAGCAACAGCGGAUGCCGGAUAACCGAGAAGAAUAAGUGGAUGGGAGGAUAUCAGUUCACUUAUCCGGUGAUGGGCGGCGGGAUGAGCGUCAGCGAGUCGGAAUUCCAUUGCAGGGUGACCGCCAAGUAUCGCGCCAUGUCCGGUUACAAGUACGUCUAUCCCCUACCAGGUAAGGUGGACGUUAGUCGCGAAGAUUUGGUUAGUUUCCGCGACGACAAAGUCUUCGUCCCCAGGGAGGUGGACAAAAUCGUUCCGGGAGGGGUGAAGGAGGUGUUGAAAGCGCGCGACGGAGAGGAGAUUUACAUUUCGAGCCACGAGGGCGAACUAAUGGCGGCCGCCGUGAAACCCAUAGCAAAGAAGAAGAAAUACAGGAGGAGCAAGACCCUCCCCACUCAUUUGGAAGCCACGCCCACAACAGGGGAUAGAGACGAAUCUCCGGAAGGGAGGGUGGAAGGAGAAAGGGGCAGGGAUACAAAGAAGAAGGCAGAGACACUUGUAGAAAACGUAGAUGAGAAAAAAGAGGAGAUUGUAGAAGAGAUUAUAGAGGAGAGUAAAGAAUCUCUGGAACCCGUUAAGGGGAGUUGGCUGGAUAAAUACAAAGCGGAAUGGAAGACUUUCUCUAUGGAAAGUAAAUACGCCAGCAACUGUUUGUUAGAUUUUGGAGAAUAUAGAAAGUACUGCGAGGAGGAACCGGGAAUCGAUUUCAGUCAAUUUGAAAUACGCGAAGAGGAGGAGGAAGAAGAGGAAGAAAAGAGAGCCACAUGCCAAGCGUUGUCUUCGGAAGAAAAUCGUCUAAAGGAAGUGACAGAAGAGGAAAGGAAUGGCGAAUCUGUCUCCUUGAUAUUAGAGAAAGUGGAGGUCAACGGGUUAAAAACAGAAGUUCGGAAUCAGCCGGAAGGCAAUACAGAAAAUGUACAAUCGGAGGAAAGAAAAGAGGGUGCCGCGAAGAGGGAAGAGGAGGGACAGGAAAUUAAAUUAUUGGAGAGGGAGGAUAACGUUUCCAUAAAUGUUACCGAAGAGAAAACAAGAGGGAAAGAGGAAGUCGAGGGUAAACCUCCACCCCCUAUAGUAUUGAAUGACACCACAGAGGGCAAGAGUCGCAUCCUGUGGAGCGGAUCGGAGCCGCGGGAUUACCAAACGGGAGGAGAAACCAAAGAUGCGAGUGAAAGGAGGCGAGAAGACAGAGAAACAGCGGAACACUCGGACGGGUUACCUCAGAUUGAUUCCGUACCGUGGGAAAACGGAAAGGAAAGUGAAGUAUCGGAACAGAAAUUAAAUGGAUCGUCGAAUGUGGAGGAGGAAAGAGAAAAAGAAUGGGAAAAAACAAAAACAAACGAUACAAAUGCCAACGAAGGAGUGGCCAUUUCCGGAAUGGAGAUCGACGUCUUCCGAGUGGAAUAUGUUAACGAAGAUGGCGUUAGGGGGGAAGAAAUCGAGUUACGUAAUAAAGCAGAUGCAGACUCGAAAAAGGAGGCGAAGGGAGACGUGGCGAGAGAAGAAAUUUUGUCAGAUUUAAUGAAGACGAGGGUGGAAGGAGAAGUAGGAAAAGGUAGCGUGACAGAAGAGAACGACGAAAGGAAAAUACCCGGAAGCACAGAGAAAAAUGUCGACAACAGAGAAAACACGGAACGGAACGAAGAGGACUUUAGAAAAGUGGCGGAAGAACAAAUUCAUAAAGUAGUUAAUCAAGAGGAGGAAAUGGAAAAAAGACCCGGAAGGAAGGAGGAAACGGAAGUAACGGGAAAGAAGACGGACGCGUCAGUUUCUUCCGACCGAUUGGACCAACAACACGACGACGGAAUCGCGAGGAAACGGGAGAAUGUAAAAAGUAAUUCGAUAACGGAAGCGAAGACAAAAUCGGAAGAGGAAAGCCAGGAGAAUCGGAAAAUGGAAUUAGGGGAGAAAAAACAUUCAUUUACUAAAGUGGGAAGUGGGAGUAAGGAAAGUGAGGCGAGAGCGAACAAUGCGGAUUCCACGCGAGAAGAGGAUGGCAAGGUCAGUUUGAGAUCCCACGACGGAACGGAAGAACGGGAGGGAAGGAGGAAAGAAGAAAUCGUUAUAUCCGGGAAGGAAAUUGAAAGGAAACGGGAAGAAACCGAACGACGAAGCAUAAACGGCGAAAAAAUUUCGAAGUUAGACAAAGCACCUUUGAAGAUAGAAGCGAGGAAAGAAAAUGAGGGUGCAACAGAGAGUGUGGAAUCUUCCGAAAACAGCCAGAAGGAAAUCUGGAAAGAGGCGAAGAGGGAGGACACUAUAAAGGGCGCGAAAAAAGAAUCCGUUUUAGAGAAAAAUAAAAUACCCGACGAACACAAGACGGAGGGUAAAGUCAAUCGGGAAUUUAACGAUUCUUCCUCGGCUCCGGAGGUAAAAGAGGAGGAAAAGUCACAAGAAAGAAGAGGAAAUGCGAAAGAAAGAGUGGGACAAGAAUGUAAUGCGUCUGUUUCGGAAUCAGAUUUAGUGAUAAGCUUACAAGAGAAGGGAGAAGAGAAAGAAGUGGCUAAGGUGAAGACGGAAGACACGAAUGUAUUGAGGAAAGAAACUGGCCAGGAAGGAUUGUCGAUCGGAUUCGGAAAGGAGAAAGUGGAGAGGAGAGAGAUCGUGCCAGCCAGGGUGGAUCACAACGGAUAUAUCUCGAAAGAUUUUGUUGGAGAGUGCGAUAAUACAAAGCAGUUUCGUCCGAUAAAGGAGGAAGACACGGAGAAAACUAUACAAGUAAUUUCGUGCCGUACGAAAGAGCCGAUGGAGGAAAACGGAGGAAUUGAAAGAACGACUUUUUCUACGACAGAAAGCGAAGAUUCUCAAUCGGAACUGCCACUAAAACGUUAUAACCGUGUUUCUACCCUCGAUAAAGCGUCGACAAAGAUUAGAGUGGAAGAGAAUUCACGCACUAACGGAGAUUUAGUCCGUCCUCGUCAGUCGGAAGCGAAACACGCGUGUGUGGUGGAGAAGAUCGACUUCCGUUCUAUCGAGGAAGAAAGCGGAACCUCCUUCCCAUCGACCGACGAGUGGACUUUGGGGAGAGAAAGAGAGAACGGAGUGGAUAUAAGGGGGGAAGAAAAAGGCGCUUUAGCGAGAGAAAAGGAAGGGACGAAGGACGAAAGGGAUUGCGUAGAUUUGCGGGUGGACAGUCUCUUUUCCGCAUUUCGACGUUACUCCCGAUCGGAAGAACAAGUCGUUCGCGUCUUUACUUCACCCUCCGAAACGGGGGUAAAACUGAUAGGGAGCGAGUGCUGUUGGGUGAGGGAAGAGACGGAAGACAGGAAAAACGUACACCCGCACCAGAAGCGCGACGUGUACGUGGCAGUCAUGGAUUUCAAUCCCGUGGAGUGCGAUAUCGGGGCCAUCCCCAUGAGGAGUGGACAGGAGGUGGAAAUCAUCGACUCCAGCAAACCCAGAAAAUGGUUAGUGAGAACCCGAUCGCUGAAAGGAGGAGAAUCCAAAGAGGGAUGGGUGCCCACCUGUUACUUAGAAAAAAAGACAAAGUCCAUAACGGACAUCACCACGCAGGCCGACACCAGAAGCGAUCCCAAAGAGAGGGAGGCGGCCACCAGGAGAGAGGCCAUAGUAAAGGAACUCGUAGAAACCGAAGAAGACUUCGCUAGGGACAUGCAAUACGUAGUGGACAAUUAUUAUCUAGAGAUGGACAAUACGAGGAUGCCUAAAGAUCUUCGGGACCAACGAGAAUCCUUGUUUAUGAACUUCAAACCCAUCUGCGAAUUUCACAAUAAUGUAUUGAUCAAAGGAGUCCAAUACUACGCCAAGGAGCCGGCUCUAUUAGGCAAAACCUUCUUACGUUUGGAGAGGGAUUUCGAUAUGCACGUGAACUACUGCAGGGACGAAGUGCACGCCCAGCAAUUACUCUCCACCGGACCUUUGAAAGAAUACUUCAACGAACACAGUCGAAGAAUCGGGGACGAUAAAACCCUGUCCGAACACCUGAAGUUACCGAUCCAGAGGAUCAACGAUUAUCAAUUAUUGCUGAGGGAGUUGAUCAAGUACACGGCCCGUCUUAAAGAAGACACUAACGACUUGCAGAAAGCGUUAGACUUUAUGAUGUGCAUACCUCAGAGGAGUUCCGAUCUCAAAUAUUUGAAUGCCAUGCAGGGUUACAAAGGGAACAUCCAUAAACUCGGUCGUUUACUCAAACACGGUUGGCUAGAAGUCAUCGAACCCACUAAAACUGUACAAGAAAGAUACGUAUUCCUGUUCAAAGCGCACAUGUUUAUCACUGACGUCAAACGCGUCACCACAGAUAACGACACUUAUAUUGUUAAAAAUAUCGUAAAGUUACAAGACGUGGAAAUUGUAGAAAAAGCCAACGGAGACGAUCGAGCCUUCAAGGCUCAACACAAGAACAAAGACAAAACAGACUAUCCCAUAAUAUUUCGCGCCGCCAACAGCGAUCAGAGAGAGGCGUGGAUUAAAGAAAUGGUCACUCGAUCGGUGAUAGAAGAUUUAGGGGAAGACGAACCGGAAGUGGCUCCCGACUCGGCGCAGAAAGUAACUUUAGAGAAGGAAAUGGAAAACACAGAAUCCGACAUCAAAUCUGUGGAAUUGGAGGAAGAACGUACGGAUGCCAAGAUACCCUCUUUGACCUCCGACAUUAAAAUCGAACUUCCGGAAGAAGAAGCCACUACCAACAUCACGGAGAGUUUGAGGUCCGAAUCUCUCUCCUCCCUCGAAGAUAUAGAAGCUAAUCCAAAGGGUAACCCAGGUAACCCUGGUAAACCACAGUUCCAGAAACCACUGAAGGGAAUAACGUGCAUGCAGGGAGAAUCCGCCACUUUCGAGUGCGUGGUGGCUUCCACCCCACCGGCCACGGUAAAGUGGCUGAAGAAUAACAAACCCAUAGCCAAAUCUCAGAGGAUAAAGAUUACUUCUCAGGGAGACAAAUACACACUGAGCAUCAAAGAAGCGCUACCCGAAGACGUGGGUCUAUACACGGUAAUGGCCAACAAUGCUCAGGGUUUAGUGGCUUGUAGUGCCACCUUGAACGUUAAACAAGGAGGGCUGGGCGUUCCCAAGGAAGAUUCCCGUCCCACUACCCCAGGUGGUACCGAAUUACCCCACGCUCCAGUUUUCAAAGUAAAACUUAAAGACACCGAGCUGUUGGAAGGAACCUCUGUUCGUUUCGAGUUAGUAGUGAGAGGAAACCCGCAACCGAAAAUCACCUUCUACAAAGACGGAAAGGAACUGAAAGAAGACGAGAGGGUGAGGAUAUCCUACGAGACAAAGGAAGUUUUCGAGUUGAUUUUGGAUCACGUGACCGGCGCCGAUGCCGGAGAAUACAGCUGCGUGGCAGUUAAUAGCGAGGGAAAGGACACGACUACGGGGGUGAUUAAAGUUACGAAGCAUAAAAUAUUAUUCCGCGGUCUGGAAGAAGAAUUAGAAAGACCACCCACUCCUAAACCCUUCAAGUGGUUUAAAGACGGGAGGGAUUUCGAAGCUAGCGAUCGCUUCCAAGUGUCUUUCAGCGAAGAGGAAGACACCUUAGCCUUAGUUUUUCAGCGAGUGACCCCCGACGAUGCGGGUUUGUACACCUGCGUGGCAAGCACGUCGUCGGGAAACAAAAUCUCGUGCAGUGCCGAAUUAACGGUGCAAGGUUCUGUCAGGAAACUUCUGAGAGAUCCCGAAGCACCGAAGAUUAAAGCUAGCAUUUCGGACGUAGAAGUGAGCGAAGGAGCAUCCGCCAUGUUGGAAUUGAAGGUCACGGGUUAUCCCAAACCCAACGUUUCUUGGUUCAAAGACGGGAAGGAGAUCAAAGCCAGCGAUAGAGUUCGCUUCUUGUUCGAGGACGACGAAUCUUACACCCUAAUUAUCAAGAAUGUCAAGAAGGAGGAUGCCGGCAAGUACAAAGUGACAGCCAAGAACGACAUGGGAGAAGUGGAAGAGUCGUGCAAAUUGACAGUAACGUGCCCACCUUCCUUCCGGAAAAAAUUAAAGGAUAUGGCAGUCAUGACUAACGAACCCGUUAGAUUCGAGGUGGAAGUGGAAGGAAAGCCCACCCCCGAAGUCAAAUGGUACAAAGACGGACAACAAUUGUCCGAGAGCGACAGAAUCAAAAUGCUGCAAGAAAAGGAGGAAAUCUUUGCAAUGAUGAUAGACAAAGUGAAACCCGAAGAUUCCGGAAAUUACUCCUGCGUCCUGACCAACGAAAGCGGAAGUCAAGCCGGAUACAGUAACCUGGUGGUUAACGCUCCCCCGUCUUUCACCAAAGAAAUGAAAAACGUGGAAUGCAGCGAGGAAGAAACCGUCAGUUUCAGUCUGAAGGUUUCCGGAAACCCCAAACCCACUCUGAAAUGGUUGAAGGACGGGAAGGAACUAAAGGUAGACGGGCGACACGUGAAGGUGACGGAAGAAGACAACACGUACACCCUCACCAUCGAUAAAGUGAAGAAGGAGGACGUUGGAAAGUACGCUUGCGAGAUCGCUAACGCUCACGGCAAAGCUACUACCUCCGGAAAUCUCUCCACUAAAGGCAAACCGGAAUUUACCAAGAAACUUUCCGAUAAAGACGUUAAAGAAGGAGACGUUAACGUGGAAUUUAACGUAGUGGUGAAGGGUUCUCCCACCCCCACCGUCAAGUGGUCGGUGAACGGAAACGUGGUAACGGAGAAGAAGAACUACAAACUGGUGUCCGACGAAAGCAAAGGGUCCUACACAUUAAAAAUAGAAAAGGUAACUUUAGAGGAAUCUGGUAAAUACACCUGCGAAGCCACCAAUCCGCAAGGAAGCGCCUCUACUAGCGGGAUCCUGUCCGUUUGCAAACCGCUGUCCUUCACGCAAACCCUGAAAAACACGGAGGUGAGCAAAGGAGAAAAGGUGUCUUUGGGAGUGAAGUUCUCGGGAGAGCCGAAACCCACCGUCAAGUGGUCGAAAGACGGGAAGGAGCUGAAGGCGGACGGAAAACACGCCCGAGUAGAAGAAUCGGCCGACUCUUCCACCCUGGUCUUGGACGAAGUCCUGAAGACCGACGAAGGACAGUACACGUGCGAACUGAGCAACAAAUUUGGCACCGAAAGCACAAGCGGAAGUCUGACCGUGAAAGUCAAAGACGAUUCAGUUGCUCCAUCGUUUACCAAGAAACUCCAGGAUCAGUUGUCGGUGGUAGGUGAUGCUGCCAGAUUCGAAGUGCGGGUGACGGGCAAACCGAAACCCAAAAUUGUUUGGUCGAAGGACGGAGCAGAGAUGAAAGAAAGUGCCACCGUCAAAAUGGCCUGCGACGGUGACGAUUAUUCCUUGACCCUCCGCGAUUUGAAGCUGGAGAACGGAGGAAAAUAUUCGUGUCAGGCCAGCAACGAGAAAGGAAGCGCGACGGAUCAGGCGGUCCUCACCGUCAAAGAACCCACCAAACCCGUUAUCGAGGGAGGAGGCGAUAAGGAAGUGGAAGUGGGAGGAGCUGUCAAGUUCGCUCUUAAAAUCACCGGAUUCCCUAUACCGGAAGUCAAAUGGUACAAGAACGAGAAGGCGAUUCAGGAAUCGGAUCAGAUGGUCGUGGCUGCGGAUAAGGAUGCCAACAGCUACAGUCUGACCGUCAGGAAAGUAAAGCAGGAAGACGUGGCCACCUACUCUUGCGUGGCCAAUAAUAGCGCGGGUACCGCUCGAAGCGAAAGCAAACUUUCUAUCAAAGUGGCUAAACCCGUAGAAAGCAAACCGGCAUUCGUCAAAAAACUGAAACCCACGGACUUGAUAAUCGGCCAAACCGGUAAACUGGAAGCCAAAGUUUCAGGAGAACCCAAACCCAAGAUCACGUGGUUGAAGAACGGGGAGGAAGUCUCUCUCGGCGAUCACGUGACCGCCAAGGAGGAACCGGACGGUACGGUGGCGCUGGUUUUCGAUUGCGUUUCUCCCGACGACGUGGGAACCUUCAGCAUCAUGGCGGUUAACGACAGCGGCGACGCCAUGAGCACGGCUCAGAUCAACGCCAAACCGCCACCCGGCGAGAAACCCAAAUUUAUACAGGAUCUGAAGGCCACUCAAUUACAAGAAGGUCAAGCGGGAAGACUGCAGAUCAAGGUGUCGGGCGAACCCACGCCUUCCAUUAAAUGGUUCAAAGACGGAAACGAGAUCCUCCCGUCCAAUCACUACACGAUUAUGGAAGAACCCGACGGUACGGUCAAUUUGUUGAUCGACAAAGUGGGACCGGAAGACGCCGGAAAAUACAGCGUGGUGGUGUCUAACGACAAGGGUGAAGCGCGGAGUGAAGCUCCGGUCACUACAAUUUCACCCGUCACGGGCAAGAAACCGGAACUGUUGGUCGAAUUGAAAUCGGUCAACGUAACGGAAGGAGAACCUCUGCGACUGGAAGCCAAAAUUUCGGGAGAACCCUCUUCCGUUAAAUGGUUGAGGAAUGGAGAAGAAAUUCCGGUGGACGAGCGCGUUUCCGCCCAAUCCCAACCCGAUGGUACCUUUUGUCUGGUAGUUAACAAGGCGCUUCCCCAAGACGGUGGAAAGUACAGCAUCGUGGCUACUAACGCCUUGGGUAAAGCCUACAGUUCGUCUCUAGUCGAGGUCAAAGCCAUUCCUAAAGAGAAACCUCAAAUCCUGGGCACUCUGGAGCCUCUGGUGGUCAAAAAGGGCGAAACCGGAAAGUUGACGGCUAAAGUUUUGGGCGAGAACCCCCAAGUCAAAUGGAUGAAGGACGACAAAGAGGUGGUUCCUUCGGAUCGCGUCAAAGUGGUGAAGGAAGAGGACGGAACAGUGGCCUUGGUGAUCGACAACAUGACUUCCGAAGACGCCGGAAAAUACAGUUUGGUGGCGGCCAAUCCUCACGGAGAGAACAGGAGCUCGGCACCCAUUUCCGUCACGCAUCCUCCGUGUUUCGUCAAGACCUUGAAACCUCUGAAGGUAGUAGAAGGUUAUCCCGCCAAAUUCCAAGUCCAAGUGGUCGGCAUCCCCACUCCCGGGGUGAAAUGGUUAAGAAAUAACACCGAAGUAAAAGCGGACGACGACAGAAUAUCCAUUGUUAGUGACGACGAAGGAAACGCCAGCCUUUUAAUUAAAAAGGCUCUUCCCGAGGACGAGGGUGAUUACAAGUGCGUGGCCAGCAACACCAGCGGAGACAGCGACAGCGAAGCCAGUCUGACAGUCAGAGGUAGGUCCAAAGGAGGCGAAACCGAAUCCGUACCCAUGGUGGUCAGUCCUCUGAAGGACGUGACGGUGAAGGAAGGCGAACCGAUGGUUCUGGAAGCUCAGAUUUCCGGUUUUCCCAUACCGGAAGUGGUGUGGUAUUGCAACGACCAACCCCUUCACGCCUCCGAAUCCGUCCUACCCACCUUCGAUGGCGAAAAGGCGGUGUUGGAAAUCAAAGAAUCCGUGGCCAAACACGCCGGAACCUUCGAGUGCAGGCUGAAGAACCCUUUAGGAGAGACGAGCUCCAAAGGAAACGUUAAAGUGGUCGAGCGUCAAGCUCCCAGAUUCGUUCAACGUUUCUACGAUGCGCAGAUAAACGUCGAGCAACCCACCAAACUGAGUUGCAGGGUGAGGGGCGAUCCUCCUCUGGAGGUCGCGUGGUACUGCAACGGCGAGUUGAUCCAACCCGGCAUCAAGUACGACACUCGGCAAGACGGAGAAACGUGCACUUUGACCUUCUGCGAUCCCAACGUCCGCGACGGAGGAAUUUACGAAUGUCGUGUCAAAAACGCGGCGGGCGAAGACGUGAAUUCCGCGCGCGUCACUUUCAGCGAGAAACCGGAGAAAGGCGAGGCACCUCUCUUCCUGAAGAAGAUCGGGGACGCGGAGGCCCUGGAAGGCAUGACGGUCAAGUUCACGGCCUGCAUCGCCGGCACGCCUCAACCGGAAGUAAAAUGGUUUAAAGACGAGCUACUGCUGGAGAGUUCUCCGCGUUGUAAGAUGGAACAGGAGUCCAGCGGCAUCCUGAGGCUGAUCGUUCGUGACGUGGACUCGACGGACUUCGGCCAGUACACGGUGGAAAUCAGCAACGUUCACGGGAAGGAGAGUUGUUCGGCCAAGAUGAGACCCGACAGUUUGGACGCUAAGUAUCCGACUACACCGAUCGGCGAUCAGUUUAUAGAUUUCGACAAGUUCCGCAAGUCUGGUGCUCCCGUUCCUCUUCCGGAAAAGCCUUACAUCGUAAGGAUGUCCGACAAAUACUUGACGCUAGGAUGGAAACCCUCCGUUCCCACGUCACCUAGGGUUCCGGUGACUUAUCAAGUGGAGAAAGCCUUACACCCCGACGGAGAAUGGUCCACGUAUAAAUCGGGAAUAAAGAACUGUCUGUGUGAUGUUUUAAAUCUGGAACCGGACCAGGAUUAUAAAUUUAGAAUCAGGGUAGAGAAUAAACACGGCGUGAGUGACCCUUCACCCUACAAGACGGCUCGUCGUAGCAAACUUUUAGAAACCAAACCCGUUAGCAAGUAUGAACCUAUGGAUUUCGAGAUAGAACAUCCGGAAUUAGAGAAACACGCCGAAGCACCGAGAUUCCUGCGCAAAGAGGAAGAAGCCAUGUACGGUAUCCGAGAUCAACCGGUCACCAUAGAGUUUUGGGUUUAUGGAUAUCCGGAACCGGAAAUCACAUGGUACUUUGACGGAAAACCGAUGGAGAAAGACAAGUACGACUUCUUGCGCGACAGAAACGGAAAAGUGGCCGUGUUCCUCCCCAAAAUGACGGAUUCGGAAGUGGGAACUUACGUGUGCCACGCCACCAACGAUUUGGGAGACGCCAGACAGAAGAUACACCUCCAGAUUGCGGAGGCACCAUCGUUCAUCCAACGGUUGGAAUACGUUUCUAUCAUGAAUCGAAGAAGCGGUCGCAUGCACUGCAGAGUGACCGGUGUACCGUACCCCAAGAUCAAGUGGUACAAAGACUGGUUCCCCAUUUACGACUCCGAACGUUACAAGAUCUUGUGGGAAGAACCGGACAAGUGCACUCUUUUCAUCAACGGCGCCAUCCUGAAGGACUCCGGUCUGUACUCUUGUAGCGCUAGCAAUUUGGCAGCCACCGUUUCCUGUUCCGCCAUGGUCUCCGUAGAAGAAUCCGAGCUAGAACACGUAAUGGCAACUUACAGCAGGCCCAAUAUUGUGAAGGCUCGCACGAAACCUUUCGAAGACUUCUACGACAUAGGGGACGAAGUGGGAAGAGGAACACAGGCCAUCGUCUACCACGCCGUCCAGAGAAUCACGGGUAACAGUUACGCCGCGAAGAUGAUGCACGGAAAGGGUAAAGUGCGGGAGUUGAUGAAUGCCGAGAUGGACAUCAUGAACCACCUCUGUCACCCCAAACUGGUUCGACUGCUGGACGCCUUUGAAAGCAAAUCGGCUCUGACUCUGGUCACCGAUCUUUGCGGGGGUGGAGAAUUGUUGGACGGCAUUCUAAAAAGAGGGAAGCUAACGGAGAGGGACGUGGCCAAUUACAUAAAGCAGAUACUGGAAGGACUAGAACACAUGCACGGCAAGAACAUCGGCCAUUUAGGACUGACGAUCGGCGACGUUUUAGUCAAUCACGUGAAUUCCGAUCUGAUCAAAGUCGGAGAUUUCGGACUGGCGGCUCAUUUGCACCCGGAGAAGGAAUACUUCUUGGAUUACGGCCACCCCGAAUUCGUGGCACCCGAAAUCGCCAACAAACAGGCGGUGACGUUGUCCGCGGACAUGUGGAGUGUCGGCGUUAUCACGUAUUUACUAUUGAGCGGGAUUUCGCCCUUUCUGGCAGAAAAUGACAUGGAAACGCUUAAAAAGGUCCAACAGGGGAAGAUCAACUUCUUCCCCGACGCGUUCACCGGCGUUUCUGACGACGCUAAAGAUUUUAUGUCGAAACUUCUGGUGUUCGAUCCCAACGAGCGAAUGGAAGUCAAAGUAGCGCUGCAGCACAGAUGGCUAACCGGGGAGGGGAUCGCCGACGGAGACAUCCACCUCAACAAUUUAGAGCGCCUGAAAGAUUAUCACAGGAAGUGGAAAGACUGGUAUUCGAACGCGUCUUGCAAACGCUUCUACCGUCGACGCCCUCUUGAGUCCUGCUUCACCCAUCCCAGCAAGAUGAUCUAUCCACCGGGAGAGGAAUACACUCCGCCCAGCAGUCCGGAACCGGAACUGGACAGGACUCGCGUGAAACCCGCGGAAUUCGACGAUACUUACAAACAGAGGAUCAGCAGGGAACCGGUGGAUUUCCGUUCGGAAACAAAUUACCAGAAUGGACCGGAUACUUACCUUCUUCAACACAGAGACACGGAGUUUCCACUAAGAAUCCGUGAAUAUUUGAGAAUAGGAGCUUCGCUUAGCCCCAGUCUGGCUAACAGUUUGGGCGAUACCCACUGGGGUGACAAUAACAUAACGGUACGUGAAAGACGUAGAUUUGUAGACAUAAUGGACGAGGAAAUAACGGACGAGAGAACGGGAAGAGGAACGAGAACUAUUCCUAUGAGGCUGCACCACGAACUGGGCACCACCGGUUACGCUAGAGAACAAAUGGAGAUGUUAAAGAAGGAAGUUUGGAAGGAUAAAGGGAGUCGGGAAGUAGAAAUAGGAUACGCGCCGUAUUUUAGAGAGAAAAUGCGAGAUGUGGUCAUCGAAGAAGGCCAAGACGCGGUGUUUACGUGUUACGCCGUGGGCGAUCCCCAGCCCGACUGUUCUUGGUUCAGGAACGACGGCAUUUUGAUCGAGAGUAGCAGAAUUCAGAUAAAACAGUCGAAGGACGGAAAAUGCGAACUAAGACUGAGCCCGGGCAAAGGAUACGACGUAGGAGUCUACAAAUGCGUAGCCAGGAAUCUUCACGGAGAAUCCACCUGUAGAGCCCGAAUGAAAUUAGGAAGUGUCCCGGACAGACCGGAUACGCCCGAAGUAGACCAAUAUUCGGAUAACGCCGUGUAUAUUACCUGGAGAACGCCCAAAUACACCGGAAACACUACCAUCCUGUGUUACUGCGUAGAAUAUCACAAAAAGGGCGAAGCGGAAUGGACCAAAGUGGCCAACAACGUCACGCACGAAUUUUACGUCGUUCACAAACUGAGCCCGUCCACCACUUAUCAGUUCAGAGUGAGUGCCAAGAACAAGUUCGGUUGGGGAUUUCCCAGCAUUCCUACCGAAAAUGUCACCACCAUGGCAGAAGGUGCUCCGAAGAUUAGGAUAACCAAAGCGCGUAAAUACCAGCAAGAGAGAACGGAACAGAACGAGGAAAUAGAGGAAGAGGAAGUGGAAGAGACGGAGAUCGAUUAUAAUAUAGAAAAGAAUCCCAUCCCCAUCGUGGAGGGAAAUCCUUCAGAUCUCUACAACUUUGUGUCCGAGAUAACGAGGGGGAAGUUUUCCAUCAUGGUAAAGUCUUGGGUCAAGGAUCUGCAGACGACUCUAAUUACAAAGAUCAUCGUGGACACUGAGGGUAACGAGAAGGCGGGAAGAAAAGAAUACGAAAUUCACAGUUCCUUGAGGCACAAGAACAUCGUGGAGUUGAUGUCAGCCAGUUACAAGGACAACGUGACGAUACUGGUGAUGGAGAAACUCUCGGGCAUGGACGUGCUGAGUUAUUUGUCCAAACACACGGAAUAUAACGAGGACACGGUUGCCAAGAUAAUGAUACAGGUAUUGAACGCCCUGGAAUACCUGCACUUCAGGGGUAUCUGCUACGUCGAAUUGCAACCGGAUAACGUGGUGAUGAUCGACGAGAAGUACCCCAGGAUCAAACUGGUAGAUUUCGGUUCCGCCCGCAAGGUGCCCAAAGCCGGAGGUAAAAUCGAUGUCAAAGGGAGGUUAGAAUACCUGGCCCCGGAAGUGAUCUGUCAAGAAGACGUCCACACUACGACCGACGUAUGGGCCGUAGGAGUUUUAACAUACAUCUUGCUGAGCGGAUGUUCUCCGUUCAGAGGCGAAAACGACGAUGAGACGACGAGUAACGUCACCUUCGUCCGUUACUGUUUCGACAGUCUGCACAAAGAAGUGACUGCCGAAUCUACCAGAUUCCUCAUCCAGACUUUCAAGAAAUGUCCUCUGAAACGUCCCACGGUGGCCGAAUGUCUGGAGAACAAGUGGCUGUCUCCCACGGAAUUUAUGAUCAGGAAACGCGAGAGCGCAGUGUUCCUGGCUCACAGACUUCACGAAUUUUCCGAGGCGUUCCACGCGGAAAAGCAAUCUUCGACCAGUCAGGAAUUGGAAGAGAAGUUUGGCAUGGCAUUCUCCAGAUCCGUAUCCCUGGAAGUGGAUGCGUACGAAGAGAUAUAAACGAGGCGUGUAUUUUUUUCUUUUGAAUGAAGUAACUCCGGUUCGUGUACAGAAUCAGACUCCCACGCAACUGCCAAAUGAAAAAGAUUGGCGCAUUUUCUAAAUUUCCUUUGUAUUCUUGUUAAAUAAACGGGCCAACUUUUUUGUUUUAA